AUGCUCCCGUCGCCGGGGCUGCUGCUGCUGCUGCUGCUGCAGCUGCUGGGGGCGUGGGGGUCGGGGUCUCCGUGCCCCCCGGGCCCCCGGCAGCCCUUCGACGCGCUCUACGCGGCCGGCGUGGAGGCGCACGGGCGCGGGGACUUCGCCGCCGCCGUGCGCUGCCUGGAGCGCGCCCUGGACGCCCACCGCCGCCUGCGGGAGGCGCGCCUGGAGUGCGGGCGGCGCUGCCGGCGGGAGGCCCCCCUCCGCCCGCCCGGGGACCCCCCCCUCGCCGCCGCCGCCGCCGCCGUCCUCCGCCGCGCGCGCUGCCUGCGCGCCUGCCCGCCCCGCGCCCGCCUCGGCCCCCACUCCCUGCACGCCGCCAGCCCCGAGGUGCGCGCCGACUUCCAGCGCCGCCAGCCCUACAGCUACCUGCAGAGGGGCUACAUCCAGUUAAACCAGCUGGAUAAGGCAGCAGAUGCCGCCCACACCUUCUUUCUGGCAAACCCGGAGCACAUGGAGGUACAACAGGACCUUGAAAAUUACAAGACCAUGGCAGGAAAAGUUGAUCUGGUUGACCGAGAAGCCCAGCCACACAUGGAGGAUUAUCUUGCUGGAGUGAGGCAUUACGACCUAGAGGAAUACCACCUGGCAAUCCGUUUCCUGGAGCGGGCUCUGGAUGGGUACAGCACCGCUGACCUGGACUGCCGGAUCUUGUGUGAAGGCCCUCAGCGAUUCGAAGAGUAUGAAUACCUGGACUAUAAAGUCACCCUCUAUGAAGCGAUUGCAGAUCACUACAUGCAAGUCCUUUUGUGUCAACACGAGUGUGUGCGGGAACUGGCGACGCGGCCUGGGCGUCUCUCCCCCAUCGACAACUACCUCCCCCUCCACUACGAUUUCUUGCAGUUUGCCUAUUACAGAGUUGGCAAUUACGUUCAAGCUCUGGAGUGUGCCAGGUCGUACCUACUCUUCCACCCGGACGACGAAGAUGUCUUAGACAACGUCAGCUACUACGAAAGCCUCUUGGAAGGGUCUGUGGAUCUCACGAGCAUUGAGCCUAGAGAGUAUGCCAUGAUGUUCCUGAGGCGACAUAAGCUGGAAGCGUACCUGUUACAGACGGCAGCAGUGGGCCUGGGAUUCUCAUACACUGAGCCGAGCUAUUGGAGCAUCUCUGGGGCUCGGCAGGAUGAACACAGGAUUCCUUCCGGUGUCCACAGCAAUCAAUUGGAUGACGCGGGGCGGCCCCUAGGAAAGAAGACCGUGCCCAAAGGGGACCGUGAGCUGAGGGAAGGGGGUCCCCUCCUCUACAGUGAUGUGAAAUUUGUCUAUAACUCAGAGCAGCUGAACGGGACCCAGCGGGUGCUGCUGGACAACGUGAUCUCGGAGAAGGAAUGCCGGGAGCUGCACCAAAUUGCCAACGGCAUUAUACUGGCUGGCGACGGGUACAGAGGGAAAACUUCGCCCCACACCCCCAACGAGCGCUUCGAAGGGGCCACCGUUCUCAAAGCCCUCAAGUUUGGAUAUGAGGGGCGCAUUCCUCUGAAGAGUGCCCGCCUCUUCUACGACGUCAGCGAGAAAGCCCGCAAGAUCGUGGAGUCCUACUUCAUGCUUAAUUCCACCCUGUAUUUCUCCUACACUCACCUGGUGUGUCGAACUGCCCUGCCAGGCCAACAGGGCAAGAGGAAUGAUCUCAGCCACCCCAUCCAUGCCGACAACUGCCUUCUGGACCCCGAAGCCAAUGAGUGCUGGAAAGAGCCCCCUGCGUACACCUUCCGUGACUACAGUGCUCUCCUAUACAUGAACAGCGAUUUUGAAGGGGGCGAAUUCAUCUUCACCGAAAUGGACGCCAAGACUGUGACGGCCUUCAUCAAGCCGAAGUGUGGACGGAUGAUCAGCUUUUCGUCGGGCGGGGAGAACCCGCAUGGCGUGAAGGCGGUCACCAAGGGUCAGCGGUGCGCGGUCGCUCUGUGGUUCACCCUAAACCCACUUUACCGGGAAUUGGAGCGGAUCCAAGCCGACGAAGUCAUGGCGGCGUUAAACCAGGAGCAUCUCGGACCCACCGAACUCGGCAUCAACCCCAAGGAUGAGCUAUGAGCCAGGCC